AUGACGCCAGCUCCAGUGUCCGGAAAGUAUUUCAUUCCGCAUCACCCGAUUAUUAAACAAAUUGGUGAUCAAAUUAAACUCCGAGUGGUUUUUGAUGCUUCGGCUAGGGCACCUGGGGGUUGUUCACUAAAUGAUUGCCUCAUGUCUGGACCUAAACUGCAGUCCGAUAUAACGGAUGUAUUACUUAACUUUCGCCUGUACCAGCACGUCUUCGUAGCUGAUAUUUGCAAGAUGUAUCGCCAAGUGCUAAUCCAACCCGAACACCGACAGUACCAGCACAUAUUAUGGCGUGACGUUUCGACUGAUCAACUCCGUGAAUAUCAGUUAAAUACGGUUACUUAUGGAGUCAAUGCUGCACCAUACUUGGCCAUACGUGUAUUACAUCAAAUAGCCAGCGACGAUGCUAAAGGAUAUCCCAGAGUCCAACAUGCUCUGCGUCGUCAAACAUACGUGGACGACUUAUGUGUGGGAGCGGACACUAUGGAAGCUUUGAUUAGUCUUCAAGAGGAGGUAAGAACUGUUCUUGCUAAAUGUGGUAUGGAAUUGAAGAAGUGGUGCAGCAACACACAGUCUAUUCUUGAUCACGUAUCUGUUGAGGAUAGAGCACAACAGUCGUUGCAGUUCGAGGUAAAUAAGGAUUCAAUCAUUAAGGUCCUGGGAUUAGUAUGGAAUGCUAUGGAUGACCAUUUCAGCUUCAACGUGUUACUCGACUCUCGCAUUUUUAUCAAGCGUGGCGUACUUUCGGUUAUAGCUCGUAUUUUUGACCCACUAGGAUUGCUAGCUCCAGUAAUUUUUACUGCUAAGUGUCUUAUGCAAGAAAUCUGGCGAUCUACCACAACGUGGGAUGAUCCAUUGCCUGAGAGAAUCAUGACAAUAUGGACUAAGUUUAUUGAUCAAUUACCACGACUGUCAGAAUUGAGCAUACCACGUUUUAUUGGUACUAAAACUAGCAGCAAGGUCCAGUUGUGUGGGUUCUGCGAUGCGUCCAACAAAGGAUAUGCAGCAUUGGUAUAUUUACGGUUUCUGGCCACAGAUGGUACUAUGACUAUACAUCUACUGGGCGGUAAGACAAAGGUAGCACCUAUAAAGACUAUGACCAUUCCUAGAUUGGAGUUGUCUGCUAUGUUGUUGUUGGCCAAAUGGUUGCGCAAAAUAGAAAACCAGCUAAGUCCUACAGUAUCUGUGUCAGACGUAUGGGGUUGGUCGGAUUCCACGGUAGCCCUAUCGUGGGUGGCGUCAGCUCAGGUAUCUUUCAAGGCUUUUGUGACAAACCGUGUGGUUCUUAUCCGCCAGCUACUGCCGAGUUGUCAGUGGCGUUAUGUACGGACUGACAUCAAUCCGGCAGAUUGCGCCUCUAGGGGAUUAAUGCCUGCUGAAUUGGCUGCGCAUAAACUGUACUGGCAGGGUCCGUCCUUUUUGUACCACGCGAUUGACACCUGGCCUCAAGAAUUUAAAGUCAUCUCAGAAUCCGAGAUGCCGGAAGUUCAACAAGUGUCGAUAUUGGUAUCGACACAAAGUGCAUCCUCUUCGGACUUCUUAACCGGACGGUUUUCUAAUUACGGUAGAAUGCUCCGGGUGGUUGCUCGGAUACGACGUUGGUUAAAGUACAGACGCCAUGAACCUGUCUGUUCGGUCUCCCUAUCAAUUUUGGAAUUGAGAGACGCGCUCACUGCUAUCACUCGUUAUGUACAACGAAAAACCAUGUCAGAUCUUAUUGUCGAGUUACAAAACAGGAGACCUGUUUCAUCAAAGGUGUUUUCACGUUUGAUGCCGUUUAUAGAUGAUAACGGGAUAGUAUGCGUAGGAGGGCGUCUACAAAAUGCUGACCUUCAUGAACAUCAAAAACACCCUAUUCUGCUCACCCGGGAUUGUCAUUUGGCUAUGCUUUUGUGUCAGCAUUGGCAUCGCGUCACUUGUCACUCUGGACCCCGACUUAUUGUCAGCCUUAUUGUGCGCCAUUUCUGGAUCAUAUCUGUUCGUGUACUCGUGCGUCGAGUGGCGACCAUGUGUAGUACAUGUGUACGUUUAGCUGCCGUUAAUCCUCAGCCACUGAUGGCUGACCUGCCUACUUCUCGUGUUCAGCAGUGUCGUGUGUUCCAACGUGUAGGAAUUGAUUAUGCCGGCCCUUUCUCCUUCAAAGAAACGUCUCUCCGAAAGUCCAGAGUUUAUAAGGGAUAUGUGGCAAUAUUUGUCUGCUUUGCUGUUAAAGCCACUCAUUUAGAAGUAGUGUCCAGUUUGUCUACGGAGGCAUUUCUGGCUACCUUAGAUCGAUUUGUAGCAAGACGGGGUAUUCCCACAGACAUUCAUUCAGAUUGUGGUACAAAUUUUAUCGGAGCAGCUAAUGUUUUACGGUCACUCAUCCAGACUGAGGAUGCACGGGAGCGAAUUGAAGCGUCAAUACCCGCUCAUUGGCAUUUCAACCCCCCAUCUGCGCCCCACUUCGGUGGACUUUGGGAGGCGGCAGUCCGUGCCAUGAAGGCACGACUAACGCGGGUACUAUGUAACCAUAUACCCACGUAUGAAGAAUUUACUACUCUAAUUACCCGGGUUGAGGCUGUACUGAAUUCUCGACCAUUAACCCCUAUGUCUGCAGACCCUCAAGAUUUAGACUACCUAACACCCGGACAUUUUUUAAUUGGCCAACCUCUCCUAGCCAUUCCAUACCCUCCCACACCAGAGAUCUCAAAAAAUCAACUCCAACGAUGGAAAUUAUUUGAGAAUUGCCAACAGAGUUUUUGGAAGCUGUGGUCUCAGGACUAUCUACAUACAUUACAACAACGGUCGAAGUGGACCAAAGAACAACCCAACAUCGCGGUAGGAGAUAUGGUUGUGAUAAAAGAGAACAAUACAAGUCCGUUAGUAUGGAGGUUAGGUAGGGUGACGGGUGUUAUUCUUGGCAAGGAUAAAAUUGCGCGCGNACAAAUUAAUGUUUCAGCAAAGGAACAAGGGUCUGUCGCCACUGAUGACUGCAUAAAAAACUCAUUAGGUAAUCUAAUCGUACUUCCAAAUACAAUUUCUGCAGGUGUUAAACCUAGAUCUUCUUUAAUCACUGAUCUAAGGCCCAUAAGAACUGAGGGGAGUACAUCUGUCCAGUGCUCAGUUUCGUAA